AUGUUGUGCCCUCGUGACCAAGGUCUUGCCUUGCUUCAAUUCAAGAAAUCUUUUUCCAUUACUACUACUUCUAUUGUACAUCCUGUGCUAGAGUCUUGGAAAGAGGGGACAGAUUGUUGCUCCUGGAAUGGGGUUGAGUGUGACAUUGAGAAUGGCCAUGUACUUGGCCUCAAUGUUUCUGGUAGCAAACUUCAUGGCGCCCUCAAUUCCAAUAGCACACUUUUCUUCCUUACUCACCUCCAGACACUUGACCUUUCAAACAAUGAUUUCAAUAGCUCCCAUAUUCCAUCUCAGUUUAGUCACUUAUUGAAUUUGACAUGUCUCAACCUUUCGUCUUCAAAUGUUGUGGGCCAAGUUCCAUCAGAGAUCUCUCUUUUGUCCAAAUUGGCUUUUCUUGAUCUCUCUUUUAAUGAAAACUUGGUGCUAGAAACAACAUCUUUUACGAAGGUUGUCCAAAAUCUAACCAAGUUAAGAGAACUCAGUUUAAGUGCAGUUGAUAUAUCUUCGGUUGCGCUCUAUUCCUUGAUGAAUCUUUCUUCUUCUUUGUCAUCUCCCAGGCUUGCCUCUUGUGCAUUACAAGGAAAAUUCCCAGAUGAAAAUUUCCAUCGAUCAAACCUUCAGUUGCUUGAUAUAAAGAACAAUAAGGAUCUCACAGGCUCUUUUCCCAGAUUCAAUGAGAGUAGUCGCCUCUGGUUCUUAGCUCUUUCAUUCACAAGUAUGUCAAUAUAUUUAGAACAUGAUUUCUUUUGUAGUCUAAGUUCCUUAAAAGAAAUGUACCUUAGUAAUUGCAAUUCUAUGGGGUCAAAUUCUGCAUUUCUUGGCAAUCUUACACAACUCACUAAGUUGGACCUCUCCAAUAAUAAUUUCAAUGGUCAAAUCCCUUCCUCCCUUGGAACCCUUGAGCAUCUCAACUUUCUAGACCUUUCAAAUAACAGUUUUGGUGGUCUAAUUCCCUUUGGAUUUUGUAAUCUCACAAAACUGCAAUUCCUGAGCUUGUCAAGUAACAGGCUAACUGGGAUAAUCCCUUCCCAAGUACACAACCUUUCAUCUCUGAAUCAACUCUACUUAUUCAAUAACUUUCUCAAGGGAGCAUUACCACCAUCCUUGUUUUCUCUGCCUUCUUUGGAGUAUCUAUUCCUUGAGAAUAAUCUAUUCAGCGGUCAUCUAAGUCAAUUCCAGUAUACUUCUUCUUUGAAGUAUAUUGACUUGAGUAGUAACUUGUUAGAUGGUGCAAUACCAAGUUCAAUUGCCAAUCUUGUCAAUUUGGAAAGGAAUAACAAAUUGGAAGGUCCAAUUCCAAGUUCAACUUUCAAGCUUAUUAACUUGAGGAUUCUUGAUUUGUCUGCAAACAAAUUAAAUGGAGAGAUCCCCACUUCAAUUUGCCAGUUGAAAUCCCUGGAAGUGGUGAAAUUGUCUGACAAGAAGUUAAGUGGCUCUAUCCCACAUUGCCAGGAAAAUUUAAGCAACGAUGUCCUCACUCAAGACAAUCAACUAAUGAGCUCUGUCAUUACUCAGAAUAAUCUCCUCACUGGCUUUAUAAGUCAACUGCCAUCGAAUUCUGUAAUGGAGGUUGUCCAUUUCAGUAACAACUUGUUGGAUGGGCUACUUCCAAGUUCAUUGACUAGUCAUACAAGUCAGUUUCAGUUUCGUACACUGAAUUAUCUUGAUUUGAGUAAUAACUUGUUGGAUGGGCCAAUUCCAAGUUCAGUUUCCAGACUUGUCAAUCUCAGUGUUCUUAUUCUUUCAUCAAACAAUAAACUGAUUCAAGAAAUCCCUCCUUCCAUUUGUGAUUUGAAAUCUCUAGAAAUUCUUGACUUGUCUAACAACAGUCUAAGUGGUUCCAUCGCACAGAUAGAGGAUACGUUCCCUUCUGUUCUUGGAACUCUUCCAAAAUUGCGAGUUCUUAUCUUACGAUUCAAUAAGCUACAUGGUUCUAUGCAGAGUCCUUCCACCAAACUUUCCUUUACUAAAUUGAGGAUCUUGGACAUCUCCAACAAUGUUUUGAAUGGAAAUUUGCCCUCAAAGUUUUUCAUGAAUCUCAAAGCAAUGAUAGAUGUUGAUAGGGACAUGGAAUAUAUGAUGAUGAAGUAUUACUAUUAUGAUUAUUCUGCGAGAAUGACAUGGAAAGGAUUCGAGAUUGAGUUGGUGAAAAUCCUAACCACCCUUACAAUAAUUGAUUUGUCUGGGAAUAAAUUUACAGGGAAGAUUCCAGAGACAAUUUGGAAGCUUAAAUCACUUCAACAGCUUAAUCUUUCCAAUAAUCGCCUUACUGGUUGCAUCCAGCCAUCAUUAGGAAAUUUGAGCAGUUCGGAAUCAUUAUACCUCUCUUACAAUUUGCUCACUGGAGAGAUUCCGUUACAAAUGGUGGAUUUAACAUGUCUUGAAAUCUUGAACCUUUCUUACAACCAACUUGAGGGACUCAUACCUCAAGGAAAGCAGUUCAGCGCAUUUGAAAAUAGUUCAUAUCUAAGAAACUUGGGAUUAUGUGGAUUUCCUUGUUAUUGUAUAUCAGCAAAGACGAGAAAAAAAUGA